GCUGCUCCUGCAGGAGGUGCAGGGCCCGUGUCAGGAUGUCCUCCAUGAUCCGGGACUCCCCCCUCCUGGGGGCUGAGGCUCCGCCCCCCCAUAAGCCGUGUGACGUCAGCCGCAGUAUGAAAGGGCGGGCUCCUGUCCGUGCGGACCUCAGCGGGUCAGACCUGCAGGUUUGGAGUCAGCCUCGUCUCAGAACCCGUCCGGGUCCAGAACGACCCGAGGAAGGCUCAGGCAUGGAGAGGGUCCUGAGGAGGUGCCGGAUCCAGAACCAGCUGAUCCGGGAGUGCCUGGCUGAGUGUCUGGGGGUCUUUGUUCUGAUUCUCUUCGGAUGUGGAUCUGCGGCGCAGGUGACCACGUCAGAGGAACGCAGCGGCCAGUACCUGUCCAUCAAUCUGGGCUUUGCUCUGGGGGUCACGUUUGGGGUGUUUGUGUCACGGGGAGUCUCAGGCGCCCACCUCAACCCCGCGGUGUCUCUGAGUCUGUGCGUGUUGGGCAGACACCCGUGGAUGAAGCUGCCCUUCUACGUCUUCUUCCAGCUGUUGGGAGCGUUUCUGGCCGCCGCCACCGUCGGUCUUCAGUAUUACGACGCCAUCAGGAGCUACGCAGGAGGUCAGCUGACUGUGACGGGCCCCAGAGCCACGGCUGGAAUCUUCUCCACAUACCCAGCAGACUACCUGAGCCUGUGGGGGGGGGUUGUGGACCAGGUGAUCGGCACCGCCGCCCUGCUGCUCUGCCUCCUGGCUCUGGGGGACCAGAGGAACGGGUCCAUCCCCGACGGCCUCCAGCCCGUCCUGGUGGGCUCGCUGGUUCUGGUCAUCGGCGUCUCCAUGGGCUCCAACUGUGGAUACGCUCUGAACCCAGCCAGGGAUUUGGGCCCCCGGUUGUUCACGUACAUCGCAGGCUGGGGGGUGGACGUCUUCAAGGCUGGGGGGGGCUGGUGGUGGGUCCCCAUCGUGGGACCGUGUGCUGGAGCUCUGCUGGGAACCCUGAUCUACCAGCUGAUGGUUGAAGUCCACCACCCUCCCCUCCCCUCCGAGUGCCAGGCGUCCUGUGAGGAAGCCUCGGAAUCCAAGAUGGAGCUGGAGGCGGAGCCACACCUAAAAAGCCAGUGCUGAGCCGUGAGAGGCCGCCGCCUCCAGCAGCUGACUCCUGACCCCGCGGAGAAACCCGCCGAAAGCUGCGGCCCAGAGUCCGGGUUCACUGAGAUUACAGCAGCGAACUCUUUACACUCUUAAGGAGUUUAAAAUAAAACCUCAGACUUUCUGCUGCAGAGUCCAGAUAUGUUCCUGAACCGGAGAGACUCCAGAACCCCCCCAGACAGUCCAGAACCCCCCCACAGAGACUCCAGAACCCCCCCAGACAGUCCAGAUACGUUCCUGAACCGGAGAGACUCCAGAACCCCCCCAGACAGUCCAGAUACGUUCCUAAAACCGGAGAGACUCCAGAACCCCCCCAAACAGUCCAGAACCCCCCCCACAGAGACUCCAGAACCCCCCCCCCACAGGGGAGGGGCUUCAGGUGAAGAUGGAGUUCUCCUUCAAACACAACAAUUUACUCCACUAAAACAGAGAUUCUAAUAUAAAAAGGUUUGAAUCCA